GACCAACGUUUUUUCAGUUGCACUAUAUGCACCGUCCGAAUUAAAUUCUAUCAUAUGACAUAAUAUAUAGUCUUCCUAUCCUAACAUAUUCUCCCCUUAACCCCACCACCCACUAUAUAUUCUUUUAGUUUGGCACUUGGGAACAACUAUAUAUGGCUCUCAUUUGAGUGCAGCCAAAAUGUAAUUAACCAAAUUAAAGUGCAUACAUUACAAAUAUCAUUACUCCACAAAAGAAGAGCCUCAUCCACAUUCCAAGAAUCUUGUAAAAACUAUACAUAUAUACACCUUUUUCACUCAUGAUGAGGCUCUCAAGUGGAAAUAUUUUCAAAUCAAAUUGCAAUAUUAUUUUCACCAAGCAACAUAUGGGAUUGGCACUCCCUAUUUCAAAGUGGUAUACAUUGAGUAAAUUCGGUGCUCGUAGAUUCAACAUCACGAGCUCGUGGAACCCAGGGUCUGGCCACUGCUAUGUCGCAGACAGAGCAAUGGCUGAACUUCGCGAUCGAUGGAUGGAAUUCCAAGGGAUCAAGAAUUGGGAAGGCUUGCUUGAUCCACUUGAUGAUGAUCUCCGCAAGGAGAUCUUAAGAUAUGGGGAAUUCGUCGAAGCAGCUUAUCGCUGCUUCGACUUUGACAUGUCAUCACCCUCGUACGCAACGUGUCUUUAUCCUAAGAGUUCCAUGCUGAUGGACUGUGGUCUAGACAAGAGUGCAUACAAGGUGAUCAAGAACUUGUACGCCACGUGUGCAACCCGAAUGCCACGGUGGACUAAAAGGUUCCCAAACCUGGCGUCCCCACAAUCCAGCUGGAUAGGUUACGUGGCCGUCUGUGAUGACGUGGAAGAGAUCGCCAGGCUCGGGCGCCGCGACGUGGUGAUCGCUUAUCGAGGUACUGCCACCUCAUCAGAAUGGCUCGAGAAUUUACGCGCCACGUUGACUUGCUUACCGGAUGACAUGGCACCCGAAAAUUACGAUCAACCAAUGGUACAAAGUGGAUUCUUGAGCUUGUACACAACAAACACCCAACGUGACCAAAGUUUGCAAGACACAAUUAGAGAACAAAUUGGCAACAUUCUUGAUAAAUAUAGUGAUGAACCUUUAAGUAUAACUGUGACAGGACAUAGUCUUGGUGCUGCCCUAGCAACAUUAACAGCAUAUGAUAUUACUAGCAAAUUUAGUGAUGCACCUAUAGUAACUGUUGUAUCAUUUGGAGGGCCUAGAGUUGGCAACAAAAGUUUUCGAUGCCAAUUGGAGAAAAGUGGUACAAAUGUUCUCCGCAUUGUCAACUCCGAUGAUCCAAUCACAAAAGUUCCGGGGUUCGUGAUCGAUGACGAUGUUGAUGACGUGGAAGAAAGAGGGACUUCCCACGUGGCGGCCGGCGGGGGGAUGCCUAGCUGGCUACAAAAGUGCAUGGAGGAUACCCAAUGGGUGUAUGCUGAGGUAGGAAAAGAACUAAGACUAAGUAGUAAAGAUUUAUGUCCACAAAUUAGCAAAGGGGACGUCGCCACGUGUCACGAUCUGAAGACAUAUCUACACUUGUUGAACAAUUUUGCAACAGUGGAACACAAGAGAGAGCAACCCUAUCAAGGAAAUGUGGCUCUAAUUUGAAGCAUAGUUCUUUUACUAUGUACAAAGAAUAGGAAUAGGACCAUGUGGAUAUAUUUUGAAAAUCCACACUAAAAAUGUGUAUAAUGAGGAAAAAUGUGGAGUAACUUUUUGCUGAUCCUUCAUUUGUCAAAGGGCUUCCAUUAUUUUUCAAGGAGUCCUAUUCUCAUUGCC